AUGUUCGUUGAUGGCGAUCCAAGCAUGGAGGAUUGCCGAUGUCUAAGCCGUACUUCGGCGUCUGCGGUGCUUAUUGCGAAAGACCGAGUAUUUCGCGAAGGGCUCCUGCAAGGAUACGAUUUCAACUUUACUGUGCGAUUUGACCAGUGCAUAGAAAUACUGGCUGCUGGCAUGACCGUCGAGUUAAUUCGAGAUUUGAAUGUGGACGCCAUAAUCGGGCCCACAUGCAGUUAUCCUGCUAUCAUUUCUGCGCUGACGGCUGGAUUCUACAACAUCCCUCUUUUCACAUGGGGCUUGAGUACUUCGGCUGCUUUGGACAGUAUGAUCCGAUUUCCAACAACUGGACUUCUGUCUGUCAACUCUCUCAGCCUCGGAAUUGCAAUUCGUUUUGUUAUGACGUCAUUUGCAUGGGACCAAUUCGCUUUUGUUUAUUCAAAUGUCGACGAUGACGAAAAGUGCGAUGUUAUGAAGACUGACGUUCAGAAAAUCUCGGCUGGAAGUGGGCGAUUCGAA